AUGGCAAUUAAAAUAACUUCUAACAGAAUAGAAAUAACACUUACCAGAAUGAAAAUAGAUGCUUUACUUACAAACGAAAAGAAUACAUGGCCAAAAAUUAUCAGCAUUAACCUUCAAUAA